AUGAGCAGAGUAAAUCAUACUCUGGUGUCUGAGUUUGUGUUCCUGGGACUCUCCAACUCUUGGUAUAUCCAGCUUUUCCUCUUUGUUCUUUCCUCUAUAUUCUAUGUGGCAAGCAUGCUGGGAAAUUCUCUCAUUGUGCUUACAGUGACCUCUGACCCCCACUUACAUUCUCCAAUGUAUUUCUUACUGGCUAACCUUUCCUUCAUUGACCUGGGAGUUUCCUCAGUCACUUCUCCCAAGAUGAUUUAUGACCUUUUCAGAAAGCGCAAAGUUAUUUCAUUCGCUGGCUGUAUUACUCAGAUGUUCUUUAUUCACCUAAUCGGUGGUGUUGAAAUGGUAUUGCUUAUAGCCAUGGCAUUUGAUAGAUAUGUUGCCAUUUGUAAGCCUCUACAUUAUCUCACUAUUAUGAGUCCAAGAAUGUGUACUGUGUUCCUGGUGACUGCUUGGGUCAUUGGUUUCAUCCACUCAGUGGUCCAACUUGUUUUUGUUGUUAAUCUGCCAUUCUGUGGCCCUAAUGAAUUAGACAGCUUUUAUUGUGACCUUCCUAGAUUCAUCAAACUAGCCUGCACAGACACAUAUAAAUUGGAAUUUAUGGUCACUGCCAAUAGUGGUUUCAUUUCUUUGGGAUCUUUUUUCAUCUUGGUCAUAUCCUAUAUUUUCAUCUUGGUCACUGUUCAGAAGCAUUCUUCAAGUGGUUCCUCAAAAGCUCUAUCCACUCUCUCAGCUCAUAUCACUGUGGUGGUUUUGUUUUUUGGUCCAUUGAUCUUUGUAUAUACGUGGCCACAUCCCACAUCACAUUUGGAUAAGUUUCUUGCCAUUUUUGAUGCAGUUCUUACUCCUUUUAUGAAUCCAGUCAUCUACACACUUAGGAACAAAGAGAUGAAAAUGGCAAUGAGAAGAUUGUGCAGUCAGAUUGGGAAUUUUAGGAAAAUAUCUUAA